UCAGAUGUCUAGCAAACGAAGUAAAGAAAGCAAGCACUCCACUCACUCGAAGUGACUUUUUUCACAUUAAAUUUAAAUUUACGGACGGAAACGCAAGCAAACAAAGCGCUGAAAUAACCCGCGAAUCAUCCGCAGUAGAAACGCCAGCGAAGACGAGGACGCCAAUCAUAGCAGCCAACAAAAAUAUAGAAAAAUGAUUAAACUCUUUACGCUGAAGCAACAAAAGAAAGACGGCGAACAAAAAGGGAGCGGUGGCCAGCAGAAGAAAGCAUCGGCUGCCCAACUGCGCAUACAAAAAGAUAUUAGCGAAAUGAACCUGCCCAAGACUUGCGUGACUGAAUUUCCCGAUGCCGAUGACUUGCUCAACUUCAAAUUGAUCAUUUCGCCCGACGAAGGGUUCUACAGAGAUGGGCGCUUUGUGUUCAACUUCCGCGUGGGAUCCAACUACCCGCACGAGCCCCCAAAAGUGAAAUGUGCAACGCAGGUCUACCAUCCGAACAUUGAUCUCGAGGGCAAUGUGUGUUUGAAUAUAUUGCGCGAAGACUGGAACCCAGUGCUGACCAUUAACUCGAUAGUCUAUGGCUUGCAGUUUCUUUUUUUGGAACCCAAUCCUGAGGAUCCACUUAACAAGGAGGCCGCCGAUGUCCUGCAGAGCAAUCGUCGCCAGUUCGAGUACAAUGUGAAGAAGGCGAUGCGCGGCGGUUGUGUGGGCGAGACCUACUUCGAGUGCUGUCUCCUCAAGUGAUAUAGGAAAUCAAACAGUCUUUUUAAUUUAAACCUGCCUCCGCAUUAGGAAGGAUGAUGUUCAUCAUGAAGACGAACAGCAGAGCAAAUGAAUGGCAGCGGACAACAGAAUCAACCAAUUAUUGUAAUAAAAGAAAGAAAAACCACUGCGUACACGAAGAAGAAAACAACAGUCGAUUCGA